AUGGCCGCGGACCAGGAGCAGGACCAGUUGCGGGCUUACGGGCUACGCCCCGAGUCGCGGGUUCUGAUCAUCAUGACUGGGGGAACGAUAUGUAUGCGUCCCUCGCCGUCAGGAUUUAUACCAGCCCGUGGAUUCCAGCAGGCAGCUCUGGAGCCGUCCCCAACGUUCAACGAUGGCUCCGAGCCAGGCGAGUUCGACGUUGUGGUCAACGCUUCCGGGGAGCGAGUUGGCCAUCGCACCCUCCGCACCCCGAUGAGCAGCUAUAAUGCUCGUGUGCGUUAUGCAGUGUACGAAUUCGAAGAAUUGCUAGACAGCAGCUCCAUCGAUGCAAAGGGCUGGGCUCAGAUCGCCAGGACGAUUUCCUGGAACUACACGCUCUUCGACGCGUUUGUCGUGCUCCAUGGCACAGAUAGUUUGGCAUAUACCUGUUCUGCGCUGAGCUUCAUGCUGCAAAACCUAGGCAAGCCGGUGAUUCUGACGGGUAGCCAGACGCCAAUGUUGCAGCUUCAGAACGAUGCGGCUGAUAACCUGCUUGGAUCGCUGGUGAUAGCAGGCCAUUUUAUGAUUCCGGAAGUGUGCUUGUAUUUCAACGGAAAGCUGUUCCGGGGCAACAGGACGACCAAAGUGGCUGCCAGUGAAUUUGCGGCCUUUGCGUCUCCGAAUGCACCGCCGCUGGCUACGACCUCCUCGAUGAAGACAAAUGUUUCGUGGGACCUGGUGCAUAAGCCUAAGAAUAUAGAGCAUUUCAGCAUCCAGACGAACCUGGAUACCACGCACGUUGCCUGUCUACGCAUUUUCCCUGGCAUACAGCCUGAGAUGGUCGAUUCCGUCCUUCGACUUUCCGGACUACGGGGACUGGUGCUGGAGACUUUUGGUGCCGGCAACGCGCCUGGCGGACAGGAUAAUCGCAUGACCAAGGUGCUCGCAGAUGCGAUAAAACGAGGAAUUGUUAUCGUCAAUGUUACUCAAUGCAUGUCUAUCUGGAAGCGUGGCUCCACUCUUACCAAGCUCGCCUACCUGCUUGCAAUGCACGAUGCUACUCCUGAGUCUGUGGCGCGAGACAUGUCCCUGUCCCUACGCGGAGAGCUAUCAGACCACGGCCAUCCUCUUUUCAGACACCCCGACGGUGCUCUACCCGAUCGAAUCAAGAGUCUCACCGCGCUAGGAUACGCCAUUUCUCACGGUGAUCUAGGCCAGGUGACGGAUAUCAUGCGAGGAGACCAGAAAUGGCUCCUCAACGACGCCGACUAUUCCGGCAACACCCCAUUGCACUUGGCCGCCACGUCUCCAAACAUCUCUAUCCUACGCUACUUUCUUCUCCACGGUAGCUCAGUGCACAUCCGAAACAACACCGGCAAGACACCGCUGUUUCUAGCGGCCAACGCCGGCACGGUCGACCAUGUAGAACUACUACGCCGAUCCGGAGCCCAUCUACACGCCGACGAGCUCCCUGUAGCCGAACUACACGCUAAACAGAAGCCGGACAUCUGGGCCUUGGCUGGCGUAGAGAUCGAGUCCUCGACCAAGCAGAACGGCGAGAAAGCCGAGAUUCUCAGGGUUGAAGCUGAGGCCGAGAGUAGACGGAGUUCUGGAACCAACACGCCCAACGGACACUGCAAGCAGGCUCUCACUGGCCUCUCUCCGGCUGCCGCGGGCGUGUGA